GUGGCGCCACUCAGGCGCGACCCUCUGGCGCCGGAGCCGGGACCUGGUGUUGGGCAGUACCUGGAGCGGUUCUUGAUCUCUCGCGGUUGCCGGUCGAUUGUUGACAGUUGCCAGGUGCCAGUCGUUUUCGGAAAGCCGGCAGCGGCUUUUUCACCAGGUUCUGCUUGAGGCCGAGCCAAAGAGUGGCUGUGACUGGGGAGACGGAGUGGACCUCCCAGCUGGGCAGGCCCAGUCCGAUCUCCCGCGACCCAGCACCGCAGGAUCAAACCGUGCCUCUAUGGGGAGUGGCUGGAGAGGAAGAGUCCCACCUGGGAGCCGUCGGAGCAGCCCUGCAGAACGGGGUGGGGGCUGCUGUAGAUAGACCCUGACUCCCAGAGAACUGCUGGGAGGCUGUGGCGCCAGGUGGAACUCAAAUGCUGGAGGAAGGAGUACUGCCUUCCCCAGACCCUGCCCUUCCCCAAGAGGAAAACACAGGAGAGGAAGCAAUGGCUGCUGGUUUCCUCACAGCUGGGCCCCGGGGAUCCACAUUCUUCAGCAGUGUGACAGUAGCUUUUGCACAAGAAGGGUGGAGGUGCCUCGUGUCUACUCCAAGGGAGAGGUACAAGGAGGGGAUACCAGAAAAGUCCAGGAACCUUGUCCUACUAGGACUUCCAGUUUCCCAGCCUGGCAUGAACUCCCAGUUGGAACAAAGGGAAGGCACAUGGAUGCUGGAGGGCGAAGACCUGCGAAGUCCCUCUCCAGGCUGGAAGAUUGUGUCUGAAUCACCACCAGAGCAAGCCCUUUCUGAAGAAUCAUUCCAAGACCCCCAUGUAGAGAUGCCCCCUGGGGAUUCAGACCACAGGACCAGUGAGCUUAAGAAGAGCUUCAGUCUGAGACCAGUCCUCUCUCCGCAACAGAGAGUGCCCGUGGAAGCAAGACCUCGCAAACGUGAGACGCACACCAAGAGCUUCAAGAACUCGGGAAUCGUGAAACCUCACAGAGCAAAACCGUAUGCAUGUAAUGAAUGUGGCAAAGCCUUCAGUUACUGUUCUUCCCUUUCUCAGCAUCAGAAGAGCCACACUGGAGAGAAGCCCUAUGAGUGCAGUGAGUGUGGGAAGGCCUUCAGCCAGAGCUCAUCUCUCAUUCAGCACCAGAGGAUUCACACUGGAGAGAAACCUUACAAGUGCGGUGAAUGUGGAAGAGCCUUCAGCCAGAAUGCCAACCUCACCAAACACCAGCGAACUCACACCGGAGAAAAGCCCUACAGAUGCAGCGAGUGUGAGAAAGCCUUCAGUGACUGCUCAGCUCUUGUUCAGCAUCAGAGAAUUCAUACCGGAGAGAAGCCCUACGAAUGCAGCGACUGUGGGAAGGCCUUCCGUCACAGUGCAAACCUCACGAACCACCAGAGGACUCACACUGGGGAGAAGCCCUACAAGUGCAGCGAGUGUGGGAAGGCCUUCAGUUAUUGCGCAGCGUUCAUUCAGCACCAGAGGAUUCACACCGGGGAGAAGCCCUACAGAUGUGCUGCGUGUGGGAAGGCCUUCAGCCAGAGUGCAAACCUCACAAACCAUCAGAGGACUCACACCGGGGAGAAACCCUACAAGUGCAGCGAGUGUGGGAAGGCCUUCAGCCAGAGUACGAAUCUCAUAAUCCACCAAAAGACCCACACCGGGGAGAAGCCAUACAAAUGUAAUGAAUGUGGGAAAUUCUUCAGUGAGAGCUCAGCCCUCAUUCGACAUCACAUAAUCCACACCGGAGAAAAACCUUAUGAGUGUAACGAGUGUGGUAAAGCGUUUAACCAGAGCUCAUCCCUUAGUCAGCAUCAGAGAAUCCACACAGGCGUGAAACCCUAUGAAUGCAGUGAGUGUGGGAAGGCCUUCCGGUGCAGCUCUGCCUUCAUUAGACAUCAGAGACUCCAUGCCAGAGAGUAACCAGGAACAUGGUGGAAGUGGAGAGUCCUGGACAUGCCGACUCAGGACAGAUGGGUGAGGAUCUGAGAAAUGCUAAAGGCUCAAAAGCAUCUGAAGAUAUCUAAUUUAGAGUCUGCAGCCCAGAGCCAAAUGCAAAAACAUCUUCAGUAAACAGCCACUAUUUCACAUGCUGU